AUGGCGACGGCCGCACUGAGGGACCCUGCUCAGGGUUUUGUGACCUUUGAGGAUGUGGCCAUUUUCUUCUCCCAGGAGGAGUGGGAGCUCCUUGAUGAGACUCAGAGAUUCCUAUUCUGCAAUGUAAUGCUGGAGAACUUGGCACUUAUGGCAUCCCUAGGUUGUUGGUGUGGGGCAGACGCUGAGAAAGCGCCUUGUGAGCAGAGCAUUUUUGCAGGACUGUCACAGGUCAGGACUCAAAAAGCAAGUCCAUUCAUCCAGAAGUCUCAUUCCUGUAAGAUUUGUAUACCAGUCCUGAAAGACAUUUUACACCUGACUGGUCUCUAAGCCACAUACCUUGGAGAUAAAUCAAGCUUGGUUGGGGCAUCAAAAGGUUUUUGGUUGAGUAUAGACCUUUACCAGCUCCUGGGACUUGAAAGUGAUGAGAAAAUUUUGAAAAUGGACUUGGUCCAAGCCUUGUUUAUGAAGAACUACAGAUUCCAUGUGUCAGGGAAACCCUUUACCUUUGGGAAGGUCAGGAAAGACUUUCCAGCCACCCCAGACUUUCUCCAGCAUCAAGUUUUUCUCAACAUUGAGAGAUCACACAGAAACAUCCAACACUGUAGGGUUCCCACUAGCAGAAAGCCAUACAAGUGCAUUGAAUCUGGGAAAUCUUAUAGCAAGAAAUCUGUAUUUAUUCAACACCAAGGAGUUCACUCUGGAGAAAGGCCUUAUGAAUGCAGUGAAUGUGGGAAAUCCUUUGGUCAAAGUUCUGGCUUCCUCCGACACAAAAGAUCACAUACUAGAGCAAAGAAUCAUGAGUGUAGUGAAUGUGGGAAAUCAUUUAGUCGCAAAACUUACCUCAUUCAACACCAAAGAGUUCACACUGGAGAAAAGCCUUAUCACUGCAAUGAAUGUGGCUCCUUUUGCCAGAUAUCUGUCCUCAUUCAACAUCAACGAGUUCACACUGGAGAAAGGCCUUAUCAGUGCAAUGAAUGUGGGAAAUCUUUUAGCCAUCACACUAAUCUCCAUCAUCACAGGAGCGCCCACAUAAGCACAAGGCCUUAUGACUGCAUUGAAUGUGGGAAAUCCUUUAGCCAUAGUGUUAACCUCUCUUGACACAGGUGAAUACACACUAGAGCAAGGCCUUAUGAGUGCAGUGAAUAUGGGGAAUCAUUUAGUUGCAAUGUCUACCUUACUCAUCACCAAAGGAUUCACACUGGAGAAAGGCCUUAUGUGUGCAGUAAAUGUGGGAAAUCAUUUAGCCAGAAAUCUAUUCUCAUUCAACACCAAAGAGUUCAUGCUGGAGAAAAGCCAUAUGAAUGCAGGGAGUGUGGAAAAUUGUUUAGCCAUCGCUCUGGACUUUUUCAACACAAGGGCUCACAGAGGCCUUAUGAGUGCAGUGAAUGUGGAAAAUCUUUUAUUUGCAAAACCCACCUUAUUCAACACCAGAGAGUUCACACCAAUGAAAGUCCGUAUGAGUGCAGUGAAUGUGGGAAAUCUUUUAUCCGCAAAACCUACCUUAUUCAACACCAAAGAGUUCACACCAAUGAAAGGCCGUAUGAGUGCAGUGAAUGUGGGAAAUCCUAUAGCCAAGAUUCUGCCCUCCUUCAGCAUCGGAGAGUUCACACUGGAGAAAGACCCUAUCAGUCCAAUGAAUGUGGAAAAUCUUUUACCCGCAAAAACUACCUCAUUCAACAUGAGACAGUUCACACUGGUCAAAGACCUUAUGAUUGCAGUGACUGUGAGAAAUCCUUUAGCCAAAACUCUGGCCUAUUAAGACACAGGAGAGCCCAUGUGCAGUAA